AUGGAUCCCUGCUGCGUUGGGGGGGGCGCCGAAGACUUGGGCGUAAGGCCAGCACAGGAGAUGUGUCUGGCAAACGAGAAGUGCACGUUCAAGGAGUCCUGCACCGUAAAGGAGGACAACUGCGCUUUAGAAUUCGCCCAGAGCGCCGAGGAAUCCGGCAACUCCAUGGCUGUCUGCGGCAAAGGAUGCCAAUUUCAGCCAUCCACACAUUAUCUCGCGCUCACCACUGUGAACGGGCCCGGAUUCUGCAUCAACCAGACGGCCGCUGAGCUUUGCGCUCAAAGCGAGGGCUCCUGCGAUUCUGACGUUUGCAUUCAGAAGUCG